AAGCCUGUCCCGUCGAGGACUCUCGGUCGAGUUUCGACGAGUAGUCACGCUUUAACUCGCGAUCCGCGAGGCGGAUGUUACCCGGAACGCGAGUUCACAGGUGCAGGUGUGCCCAGAUGUAACACGCGAAAGCUUUGAAAAAGCUGGUUGAUCCUAGCUCCUGCACCCUGUGCCAGAAACAUCCGGACGGAGACGUGGUUUUGAGCUGGUGACGAAACUCCAGGAGCCAGGAGGCAGGUGCGGGUGUCAGGUGUCGUAGAUAGGUGUUGGGGUGUUUUACAUCUUCGAGCCUGGGUCUGUCUUUAUUCGACGAAAACGCGGCCACGAUUACCAUAGAAUCGUUGUUUCGAACACUUGUGGAUCGAAGCAACUGUAACGAAUCACAUACAUAUACACGGCGACAGGUUUAUUUUUUUUAAAAGUGAUAGUAGUCGUGGAAGGAGUGGAAAGAUCGAAAGAUUCAUUGAUCACACGGCAACACGGGACACUCGCUGUCUUGGAUACGCGCCUUUGGUUGUUCGAGUCGUUUAAGGUAAACACCGGUGUGUGCCACCGAUCGGCCAAGAUAUCUAGGUCAACAGGCAGUGGCCAGAGGCAACUAGUUGCGGCUGUAAUCGUUCCUGUAACCGAGGUCAGCGGGAGAUGUUAUGUUCUUUGUUGGUUGAAAGAAGGAAGAAAGAAGAGAUCGUUCAUGAUAAUCUAAUACUGGACCAAUAAACGUCCAAGAUACCAGAGGCGGGAGGAUUUAUCUAAGAGGUGUUGAGAGAAGAACGGAGGGAAAUAGCUAGGCGAGAAAGAGGUCUAUUGUUCGUUAAGGUCGCGUCGCUCACGAUCGGAUUUCCUUGAUUACGGUUACGGUAUCGACGCGAAGGAACAGCAGCCGUGUUCUUUCCGGUGGAGGAAGAAAGUAAGAGAAUUUCGAUCAAUCUUGGCCAAGCGACGCGAGACGCGUUAUCCUUCAUCCUCGUUCUGGACGCGACUUUUGCUGAUUAUACGCGCCGAUCACAACUAUGGAUUUAUUAUCAAUUUUCGUUAAUUAGAAUGAUACUCGGAUGUUUAUGUCUGUUCGUUCGAGUUGUUAAUUAAAGCGAAGGAACGAAGAAAAGGAAGAAGCAAAAAGGACAAUAAAGUGUAUCAUAUCCGAGAAGAUCGAAGCCAAUUGGAAUGUUACAGAAAUGAUUAUUUGAUCCGUCUUGUAUCGUAUUUUGAAAUAUUUUUAUUCGUCUUAUUGGAUAUUCGUUAGUUAGAGUGUUUGUAACAGUGAACGGGUAUUACCAAGGCCUAAUUAAGGAUUUAGUUUUGUAAUGAUUCGAGUGUCGUCGAUUACGCGAUAGAGUUUAGUGAUAAUUGUCUAGAGAGGCGGUUUGUAGGAGUGCUUGGAGCAAAGAUAACGGCCUUGAAACUUUUCCAUGCACGGAUCGGAAGACCGAGCUAGGCAAGAUGCUCUAUGCCUGACAGCGUGACUACGGCUAAAGGUCGUGAUCGAUCGACUUACUUCGAUGGCCUAAAAGAACUUUAAACGUUCAAGGUCAUUAUGCAUAGCGAUAAAACGGAAACGUUGUAAAGUGCGGACAAGUCGGUUGGUUCGUUCGAUUGUUACGACACCUAGCUAUUUCGUUUGAAAUAGCGUAACGAACGAGUCCCAUUCUAUUCCAUAGCAUUUGGCCAAUAAUCUAGUCUCAAUAGAAAAUCCUCAUUACAGGCCAGAUGAGGCGAUAGCGGAAUUCGUUAAUCCGCACGAUGUCGUGUCAAGGAUACUCAACCGAUCAAGAACGUCCUGGCAUUCGCGAAAUGUGCCACGCACAUCCCUCGAUCUCUCUCGAGUUCUUACAGAGUUUUUAUAAGACUUCACAGACACCGUCGUGUUUAACGAAGCGACGAUAACGGAGGAUCGCUUCGUCAGGACUCAGGUUGUUCCUGUAUCAUCUAUGCGUUGUAUCAUCUAAUUCCACUCUAUAAGAGGAACGUAAAAGCAACGGCAUCGGACUGAUAGAAUUAACGAAACCACAAAGCGUACCGAUCGUAUUUCCUCGUUUCCACACGGUCCUAAACAUUGCACAGCCUAAAACCUCAGGUGGAUCAACAAAGGCAAAUCCUCAUCGAUCCUCGCUUUAAUUAACGCUUUGAUCAAACAACCUCUAGACCAGUCGCAAGCCAAAGUGUUCGCCAGAUGACAUAGUUCGCUAAAUCAGAUCACCGAAGCGAUCUGUCGAUUGAACGAUUCAGAAAGCUGCUACUUGUGGUCGAUGCGAAAGGAGGCUCGACGGUCGACCUCGCGAUCGAAACAGCUCCUGACCCCUUAGUAGUCAACGGACAAAAGCGGCCUGGCCGGCACUCGAUGAGUCCUAGUGAAGAUAAGGAUCCUCGAAAACCCUUGAUCGUUUGCCUGGAACGUCUGAAGAAGCUCCGGUUGGCACCUAUUUGAGAGCGGUCGGGUGAUGCGCGGGAGCAGCUCUGAACUCCUGCUGGAGGCGAGUUGCGUCCAGUGUCAGAGCGAUCAUCACGCCGGCCAGCACACCACCAGGCAUCAGCAGCAGCAUCAGCUAAACGAGAAACACGACUUCCAGGAGCGAGAGCUACGUCGUCGCAAACUGUUGGAGCUCGGGUUCGGCGCUUCGCGGCGCCGACCGCCACGGCGUACCUGCCGUCAGCGGUUCAACUUUUACGCCACCUCGGCGUUGGCAUUUGUCGCGACGUCCGGCGGUGCGGCCCUGUUAUUUUUGGUGCCGCUAUACGUCGAUCCGGCCAUCAGCACUCUGGCUGCCGAUUUCUCGCCAGAUCCGGUCAUCUGCACCACCUCCAGGCGCGAAGAACUCGCUGGCUUGUUCAAUUGUACCUGGAGUUCCUGCCGCGAAGGAUGCACCAGUGACGUUUAUAGGUGUACGCAUAUAUACGUCACGUAUACACCAUGGAGCAAUACGAGCAUGAAGAAUGACACCGGGGGUAGAGGCUAUUCGGGCAACUCUACCGGCGUCACGCACACCUCAACCACUUCGGUGCCGACGCCAGGCGACGUGGAAGCGGUGCUCCUGGUGAACAUCAAGGGGUGCGGCUAUCCGCCGAUCGUCGACUGCGAAAACUUCACCCGCGAACUAGGCUACGAAGGCGCGAAAUUCCCCUGCCAUUACAGCCGCGUGAACGGCAGCAUAGUGAUGGCGAACUAUAACCGCGAGGCGCAGGUCACCACCAUCAUACACUUCUUCGCGGCGCCUUUCGUAGUGACUCUCGCGACCAGCGUCGCUCUGUGUGUGAUGCACUGUGACUGCAGGUGCAGUCCACCGCCACGGCAUUCGUCGCGAGGAAUGAGAAGAGGCAGGGGCAACGAUCUCAGAUGGUUGGUGUAUGGAGUACAAAGUGGUUUAUUAGCGCAGGUUCUCAAACAAAUCUUGAAGCUCAGAAUCGAGUUAUGUAAAUUCUGCAACAUACAUAUCGGCCGUUAGAACCGUCACUGUUAAUAUACUCGGUGUGAGUAUACACCAGCUUGGUCUACUUCCAUCGACAUUGCCAAAAAUCGUCCGACUUGCGACUAUGGUGUCGUCGGUAAGCAAUUCGGGAUUUAGUUUCAAACUGACUAUUUCGUUCCAGUGUACACGACACGCGCGUACACUUCGAGAUUUUAUUCUUUCUUUUCCUUCAAUUUCUACAAAUGUUUCAUCUUCUCGUCUUCUGUUCGUUUCUACGUGUUGCAUGAAUACACGAGGAUGAAACGCUGGGCACAAUACUAAGCACGGUUAACUCGUAUGGAAAUUGCUCGAAACUUGUUAAUUGUAGCAGCCACUUUUAUUCUAGAAGAAAAAGUAGCAGAAAUAUAAAGCUACACAUAGAUAAAUUAGAGUUUUAUUAGAAAUUUGUAUAUUAUAAUUAAUUUGUUAGUGUGGAGUAUAAUCGACUGAACGAUGAGGUACAGAGACGGAUGAUGCAGAAUGCCAAAGGCGAUUAAACGAAUUUAUAUAACGUAUAAAUCACAACGAAAUGAGACUACAAUGAAAUAACGAAAAAGUAUGGAUGCACAGAGAGUUAUAUUACGAUCGGAAGAUUUCAAGUAAAAGUAUGCAAACACGUUAGCAAAAUUUAAAGAGACGUGAAUACGAGAAACAAAGCUUAGAGCUAACGAGCAGUUGACAAGCGAAACAAAUAGACAGUAGGCGAUAGAACUCAUACGCGAAGCGUACGAGUGAGUUAGAGUACUGGAAUUGCGAAGGGCGCGGAUAAGGCCAACAAUAUUCGACUAUGCAAAUCGUAACGAAAGUUGCAGUCAGUUGGUGAACGCGCGGUUGAAAAAUUUUGGUAAAUACA